AUUGUUGCUAGUAGAGUUGCAAUUCCGACGCCGUGUGUUUCCCUUUUCGCCACCAUGGCUACUAAGAAUAUCUUCUCCAAACAUCUCCCGAACGUAAAGCUUGCAACUCGUUUCGAUGCGGACGGCAAUGAGAUACAGGUUGAAAAACGAGAAGAUGAAGAGCAGAAGCGCAAGGAGCAGGAAAUUAUUGACGCGCUCGUCGGGGCUGGCUACUAUCGGGCGCAUAUUCUGGGACUCUCUUCCUUCGACAAAAUCGUGGGCGGAAUGACCUGGUGCAUCGAAGCCUGCGACUAUGACGUCAAUGUGGAUCUUCUGUUUCACGAGAAUCUUACCAUCGGACAAAAGAUUGCUUUGACGGAGAAAAUCGUUGGCGUGCUGCCGCGGAUGAAGUGUCCCUACCUAAUAGAACCACAUCAGAUUCAGGGAUUGGACUUUAUCAACAUUUUCCCGGUGAUUCAGUGGUUGGUGAAGCGUUCGGUAGAAAAUCGCACCAAGAAAGCUGACACACUGAGGAAGCUAGCGGCGACGCAGUUCCAGAACCACUUUACUCUCGAAUCAGACCGCCAGUUGCAGCGUUUGCGAGUAACACAGUUGGGCCAUCUGCAGGCCAUCGAAGCGAAGUAUCUUCCCAAGCGACAAUUCAAGCUACGGAAGGCUGCCGGUGGCGGGUGGAUACCGGUACGCCCACGAGGGGAUGCUACGGGACAGGAAGAAUCCGAAGAAGGUCAAUCCAUUGAAGAGGAAACUGAAGAUGAAGAUACGGAAGAAGCUGAGGUACCUUUGUCCACCGUUCGGGAGCUUGAUUUUGAAGUUUUAUUUAAAAGCUUUGCAAAGGAGCAUAAUAUUUCUAUCGAACUCUCGGAAACUGACCAUUCAACCCUGACGAAAACGUAUGACAUAAUCAAGCAAAAAUUAUCGCCCGAAGCACUUGAGCAAGUGGCCGAACGAAACCAAAUGAAAACUCAACUGGCAGCCAAACUUGCGCUGGAGAAGAAACUCGAGCUGGCUCGCAUUGAAUGCGACCAGCUGCAGGAAACGGUCCGUGAGGAGGAACAUCAGCUUCAGGUGGCCACUGAGCAAAAGGAAAACCUGGAGGAGGAAAUUCGUAAUCUCGACAAUCUGGAAAUCAGUGAAGAGAAUCAAAAGAUUUUGGAUCACGUUAAGCAACUCGUUUUAAAGAACGAACGUAUGAAGAAGCAGGAAACUUUGUUCAAAGAAAAUUGCAAAAAAGAACUUGCGGAACUGCAACAAAAGAUUGAAAAAUCAGAAGUUUCCACGCCGGAGGAAGAUGUGAAGGAACUGCAAAGGCAACUCGAUAUGGAACAGGAGCGUUUGAAGUCCCUUCGUUUGCAGCUGGCGAAGAAAAACCGGGCCUACGUUUCGAUCAACCGUCAGCUGGAUAACAUCCCGGAUCGAACUGAACUUGCUCAGUAUCAACGAAGAUUUCUGGAACUUUACAAUCAAGUCAGUGCAAAGCACCGGGAAACGAAGCAAUUCUAUACGCUCUACAACACACUGGACGACACAAAGCUUUAUCUGGAGAAGGAAAUGUCAUUGCUGAAUUCAAUCUACGAAAACUAUUCCGGUGCCAUGCAGACUCCCCACUCGAGGGAACAGUUUGUGCAGCAGUUCGAAACGAUCGUCGAGGGCAUCCGGUCGACGAAGGGUAAACUGAAGAAAAAGUGCGACGAUGAAAAGGCCAAACGUGAUGGACUGAACUCACAGUUGCUCUGUCUGGUGGAGCAGCAGCGAAAGUAUGCUGCCACGGUCAAGCAGCUCACGAUGGAAUGCCAGCGCAAUGAGGCCCUGCUGCAGCGUUUGAAGGCACUGAAAGCCAUUGCGGCUAGUGCUGGCCACCAGUCGUAGGCGCAACGAGUUGCUAAAUUACAGACCCAUUCCUUCGCCAAGCGAAAAUGAAACACCAUGAAUAUAUACUCUACCACCUGUUGUGACACGAG